AUGUCUCUUCAGCAAUUCAUUCUCAGCAACAGGAACUUUAAAAAUUCCCGAUUGGAGUCUCUUUAUUCUGACUUUUGUCACCUCCACGAAUCGAAUAUUGAAGGAUAUAGGGCCAACAUUGCUGCCUGGAAAACACUUCUUCUAGAUUUGAUUGAAAACCAUAAUGAUCUUUUGGAUCAAGACGACAGAGUAUGCCUUUGUGGCAAAAUCUUAAUUCAGCAGCUGACGGUGAAUGAUGGUACGUUGACCUACAAGCCAAGGGGUUUGGACAAGGUAAUCGAUUCUAUGGUGAAUGAUGAUCAUACCUUGAUUCCAUAUUCUGAGUUUGAUAAGAAACCUGUGGACGUCACUGGUAAUGGGGACGGUUUGUUGAGAUCAAUCGUAAGUUCUUUUUUUGGUUCUGGAUAUUGCAACUAUACUUCAGACUUCCGAUCGGGUACAGGAUCGCUAGAUGGUAGCCUGAAAUCCAGUGAAAAGUAUAUUUCUCCUAAGAGGUUGAGAAAGAUGUCAAAGGAAGUGAAAGAACUAUUUAAGGGACAGAAAAAUGCGUAUCGCUUGGAGCAUUUAUAUGACCUUUGCAAGAAUAAGCUAAACCAAAGUCGGUUUGACUUUGAUUGUUGCAUCAAGUUUCUUAGUAGAGACACGGAAGAAAUAAAAGUAGAUGGAGACGUGAUAAGCAUAUUGAGGACUGAUGAAUCCGAGGAGUUGGACUUCAAAAAUUUGGAAGCUAUAGCCAAUUUGAAUUACGCCAUAUACACUAUUCAGAAGUACUGCAGUACAAAGCUGACAGAAGUCUGUGAUAUUGAUGCCAAGAUACGAGAGUUGGUGAAGCAGAAGCAACAUAACAUGGCAAAGAGUCAGCUUAGACUCAAAAAAGCCAUGGAGAAACAGUUGAAUACAAGUCAGGCGAAAUUGGAGAAGUUACAGAUGGUUCAAAUGAUGAUCGAAGAAGCUCACAAUAAUAUAGUAACACUAAAGACCUUGGAAUCUAACUCCUCACUUCUCAAAAAGCUCAACAGACAGGUUGGUAAAGACACUGAGCUUGAUGAGCUGUUGAACGAAUACGGAAGCGCGAUUGACGAGACCAAUACGAUUUCUGAGAAGCUUGGAGGGGUGAACGAUGAAGGCGAUGAUAUUGAAGAAGAAUUGAAAACGAUGGAGAAGCAGGAGAAGGAGAAGGAGAAGGAGAAGGAGAAAGAGGACAUCAAGCCUUUGCAAUCUGUCAGCGAUCUUGAAGAACGAUUCAAGAACUUGAAACUACCGAAGGAGAAGUCUUUAACGGACUUAGAGGAAGAUUUCCAGUCAGAAAAGCCGAAAGCCGAACCUUUACUAGAAGCAUAG